AUGACAUUGGGAGCUAAGGACGCGGGAUACCUUGAUGUGACAGUCCAGCUGUUUCCUCGUCGUGUGUUCGAUCUGAUCAAUUAUCAUCUUGUCACACAAAGGCUCUUGCUGAAGGAUAAGGUACAAUUCCCCGAAGAAGGCAGGUUCGGUCUGGGUGGGAAGGUCCGGACGCUUGCCAUGGCACGCCUGAGAGCCAAUGCAGACAUCAUCCAGCAUUGGAAAGCAGCUCUGGGCCACAUGUCCCUCCUCGAAAAUAUCCCUGCCUCCGUGAAAGAGCUCAAUGCUCUGUCCGACGAAAUCUGGUACCUCGCUGGCGACACAGCUGUUGAUUCCUCCUGGUACACGAAAAGAGCCUCACUCGCAGCAGUCUAUGCCAGCUCGGAGAUGUUUAUGACGACAGACACCUCGAGUGAUUUUGUUGCGACAGAAGAAUUCCUGGACCGAAGGCUGAAAGAUGCGCAGAUUGUAGGAGGGUUGGUGGGAGGAUUCACACAGUAUGUCAGCUUCUGGACUGGCAACAGUGUCAAUUUGGCCCGAUCCUUGGGCAUGAGGGUGUGA